CCAGAGUCCAGUGUUUCAGUCUCCCCUUUGGCACACAAUUAGUUUGCCUCAUCUCUUCCAGGUUACCAAAGAGGCCAGAAGCUGUCUCCCAUUCCGCUCUGCGAACCUAUUUUGUGCUGCUACCCCCAACUCAGGAGCUACAUUCAGGAACUCACAGGCACACAAAGCUAAUUACCCCACUCUUGACUUUGGAGUUGCUCUUAUGCAGAAUUGCUCCUCCCCUCAUAACAAAGGGAAUGAAGGCAGGAAAGAAAGAUGAUGUUCAAGCCCCUCCUGAUAAUCAGCUCCUACUUGAUCUGUUUCAAAAAGAGGUGAAAGGACUUCAAACCCCACGGCUACACCUGCUGUUUCUCUAAGAAAAGAUGAAGGCAUUUCUGGACUUUAACGUUUUUGCCAGACUUUGAGGAUGUUGACGAUCUGAGAAUGGAUUCUGCCUGUUUGUCAGAAUCAUUUCCUUCACUGUGGGCAUUUCCCUUUUGCUCCUCUGCCGCACUUCCAAUGGUUCCGGAGCCUCAGCAUCAUGCAGGGUGAAGGGGGAUGAUGAUGAUGAUGCCAAGCCCGUCUGCUUGCUGACUGCUUGCGCUGGAAUUUGGCAACUCUAGAGAGACUCCAUCCCAGCCAAAGGAAAACUAUUAGUCAGAUUGUUGUUCAGUCCUGGAAGAACGCGUGCCAGCCUGGCAGGCAGGCACAAGCUGCGGUGGGGAACGAGCGCCCAUCAUGCUGUCUCUGAGUGGAGGCCACUGGUGCAGCAACAGGCUCUCCUCAAGAUGGAAAGAAACUAGCUUGCUUGCCUGUUGGCUUUCAUUCUGUGCAGCAGAAUCCCUCGUUGGUUGUCCGUCCUCUUGCAAGUGCAACAGUGGUACUCUGGAGGUAGACUGUAGUGACUUGGGCCUUUCAUCCAUCCCCUUAGAUAUUCCUACAAAUACUAGGACCUUUUUUUUCCUCAACAACCAACUAAGCACUUUGUCAGGACAAGAUUUUGCCAAUCUCUCUGCUCUCCAGAGACUGGAUCUUUCCAACAACUUUCUGGACCAACUUCCUGAGAAUGUGUUCAGAGACUUAGUGAACCUCACUGAACUACAACUGAGGAACAACAGCAUCAGGAGUUUGGACAAAGAUAUUCUGCAGAACACUGUUCUUCUGCGUCAGCUAGAUCUCUCCAUCAAUGGACUUGCUCAAAUACCUUCAGGCAUUUUUGAUGACCUCCCUUCUCUUCGUUGGCUCUCUCUCAGGUCAAAUCGCCUGCAGAAUUUGGACAGAGUAACCUUUGAGCCAUUAGUCAGCUUGCAGCAGUUGCAAAUAGGGGACAACCCCUGGGAAUGUGAUUGUAACCUCAGAGAUUUCAAAUACUGGAUGGAAUGGUUUUCUUAUCGAGGAGGAAAGAUAGACCAGCUGUCAUGUACGCUUCCUAAGGAGCUGCGGGGGAAGGACAUGCGCAUGGUGCCCGUGGAGAUGUUUAACUACUGCUCCCAGCUGGAGGAUGAGAACAGUUCUACUGUACUGGACAAUAUUGGCCCUCCUUGCAGUAAAGGAACAACUGCUCCCAAACCUAAAGCAAGUUCUGAAACAGAAGAGGAGCCCAGUGUGAGUUGCCCCCAGAAGCAAAGGUACCGGCCUGUCAGUGUGCGCCGAGCCAUUGGCACAGUCAUCAUAGCAGGAGUAGUUUGUGGCAUUGUGUGUAUCAUGAUGGUAGUGGCAGCAGCCUAUGGUUGUAUCUAUGCAUCCCUCAUGGCUAAAUACCAUCGGGAGCUGAAGAAGAGGCAGCCAUUAAUGGGUGAUACCGAGGGUGAACAUGAGGAACAAAAACAGAUCUCCUCUGUGGCAUGAAUCUAGGAAUCAGUGGCAGUGGAUACAACAGAGGCCUAUAGCCUGGGCAGUUUUGCUUCCCCCCAGACAUGGAGAUGGAUUGUGCUGCUUUCUCUUUAUUCAAUUAGUCAAAUAUGCUUUAUCAGGAUACCUGGCUCUGGAUUCAGUCCAUCUCACUUUCCCCUAUUCUCAUGUAAUUCCAAGAGAAUAAAUUGUAGUCAGACUUCAAAGGCUCAUCACUUCUCUUCUUUGCAGAAGACUCCCCAUUAAUAAGUUCACCUGGGGAACUCAGGCAACCUGGAAUACUUUUCAUCCCGCUUCACUUUCCCAUAGCAUCACAGAGCCUUUUGAAAACAAAAUGAGCAGCUGAAGGCACCAAGCCAAUUCCUGUUAAAACGACUAAAAACUUCACAGGUUACUGUGAGUGGGGUCACUGACAUUGCCAGAUGGCAAUCCACUACACCCACUAGCUAUAUGGGUGGGAGAACUCAUUUCACAACAACUCCAAGACCAAUGUACGUGAGUGCAUUAUAGCAACAGAGAGCCUGACCUCCGUACUUUUGGCAUAAGACAGGAACUAACAUUCUUUAGAAUAAAAAGCAGCACCUCGCACAUUCAUUCUGGCAUGUGCCCUCGUCUACAUACUAAACAAUUGGGACAAAUGCAUUAACAAAGGCUGAUUACCACCUAUGUAAACAAACAUUCCUAUACAUACCUGUGUUGCAUUGCAUACCACCUGUACAUGCCUAUUGGUUAAACACAAAACAUGUACCAGCUCAUCCUUGUCAUAUGGAUAAUUUAUGAAUCCUGCAAUUAUCAUUUAACAGUGCUCGAAAAGGAAAGAUGGUACAUGAGAAGAAACAUGAUGAAUGCUAUUUAACAAGCAGUUAUUUUGGAAAGGCUAGUAUGCAUGGUGCACAAGGGAAAAUGUUUUUUCCCGAAGACAUUGGAGAAUUAAUCUGAAAGGCUCUUACCAAUCUUUGUGGCAGAAAUGGUCUCUCUAAGGAUUAAGAGGCUGCUCUUGCCUUUCUGAUCUCCUUAGUGAGUAUGUUAGGGAGAAAUCCUGAAGUGGUUGUGAGUAUAUCAAACACCCUGGAGGUCACAGCGAGAAUCAUUUGUGUAGCCAUGCGGCUGCUUCCAUGUAUGCAGUGCAACAUAGGGUGGGCCUGAUGGGGAGGACUGGGGGCAUGAUUUAGAGCUAGAAAAACAAAAAAACAAAACAAGGAGACUCUGUGUAAAUUGAGAAAAGGAGAAGCUGUGCACAGAUCUGAAGAUGUUAGUCAGCUUUUCAUGUAAACAGUCAGCUGAUACAGGCAUACAUAUAUAAUAUAUUCACCUGUGGGUUAAUAUACCAAGAACCCAUAUAGGAGUCCACCUAAAAUCAUGGACAAAAUUAAUGUUCUGAGAAACAUCUUUGGACAUUAUACAUGACUGCACUUAAACACACAUAUGAGCACAUGCAUUUGCACAUCCCUCAGUGACCCUAUGAAUUCGAGCCCUGAAUACCUUUUGCAGGUCUGUAGCACAUCACAUUAGCCUCAUCUCUUUUCCAACUGAUGGCAGAGGUGCAGAAGGGGAGGGGCGGAGAAUCAGCAUAAGGACGCAUUUUAUAUCAGUGAAAGUGGGAUAAAGUGCUGUCUCCAGGGGAGAGUACAUAUUACCAUGGUAACCUGCUCUAGCCCGUCACAGCGGGUAUUCCUGGGAUAGGAAGCUGACACAAGAGGUCGUGCAGCCGCAGUUUUUCUGGAUACUGUGAUCCUUGCAGUCAUGAAACAACCUGGCAGCUGGCCCAGAUUCUGAAAUCUCUCUCCAGCAACUCAGGAGCAGAGCCCAGCAAUCACCUUAGCUGGGCAGGGACCCGGUUACCAGAGUUCUUCCUUCUUUUCUUGUAUUUCUGAUGCCUUUAGAUGAUCUGUAGUUCUUACUUUGGCUGUUCCUGAUGGUUUUGAAUAGAAGUAGUGCUCGCUGCCUUUUAAUUCAUCCCCAAAUGCUCUAUCAGCAAACAGGAACACUGUGAAAGACUUGAGACUCCAUUCACGGAGCAACAAUUCAACCCUUUCUCAUCCUAUUUGCCAAGGACUACCAGAUCCAAAAAGAUGGAAUAUACUUCUAGUACAGAGAAAAUAUUCGAUGGAACUUCAGGGAGGUCACUAUGGGAAACUAACUGAUUGUGGCAUUUCAGUUUAUGAAGCAUGUGAAGAAAGUCAACAUUAGGGCAAGGAACAAACUCCAAGAAAGGAGCAGAAGGACUGUCUUAUUGUGUACCAUCUAUAUAUUGCAGUUCCUCCAAACACCCAGCUCCACUCCUGCUUCAUCCCUAUCUGAUGGGUAAUCUAGACGGUGUGUGUAUGUCUAUACUGCUACUACUAUUUAUAUACCCAGCAAAACAGGACUAGCAUUCUGCUUGCUGGAUAUACCAUUCCAACAUUACUGUCUUUAUCAUUUUCCUGAAAGAACUUACCUCUGUAACAUAUUGGACAGCACAAUCAUACUUGAAAUGGGAUUUAUGUCAGAGCUGUAUAUUUAUAGAUCUCUAUUUUACUUGUAAGGAAUAAUGAUGACAUGUUUGCACAAAAGAAAUGAUGUGUGCAUUUGUGUUUAGGGGAUGAGAACAGGGAAAAUAAAAUAACAAGUGGAAGUGAGAGGUGAGAAAACCCCCUUCCUCUUCCCAUCCCCUAUUUUCACCUAUGACACAUUUCCCUUUGCUGCCAAUAAUCUCUUGUUUCCCAUGUUUUGUGUUUAAUUACAACCUUAAACUUUGUUCUAAUUUCUCAUUGAAAUGGCAUAGAGCUGACCCUGAUACUUCCACAUUUAGAAAUUCAUAAAAGGGAAGUAAGUGAAGGGAAGAAAUAAUAACUUGUAGACCAAAGUAGAGGAUGACGAAUGGACAUUGGUUGGUCCCAAAUAUACUAGAGAAUUUGGGAGUAAAUUGUUUAUGGCAGUGGUUCUCAACCUGUGGGUCCCCAGAUGUUUUGGCCUUCAGCUCCCAGAAAUCCUAACAGCUAGUAAACUGGCUGAGAUUUCUGGGAGUUUAAGGCCAAACCAUUUGGAGACCCACAGGUUGAUAACCACUGGUUUAUGGAGAAACUUUUAAGUGACUUCAGAAUGCAAUAAGCUGAUCUGAGAAAUGUCCUCUUGAAUUUACUGGGAAACUGUGCCUUCAGUUGUAAUUUGAAGUUCUAGAGCACAGGUGUCAAACACAAGGCUCGUGGGCUGAAUCUGGCCCUCUAUGUCAUUUAUGUAGCCCUCCAGAUGCUGGACUACAACUCUUGUAUUCCUCAUCAUUAGACAUCAUGACGAGUUGAUGGGAGUUGUGAUACAGUAAAUUCUGGAAGGCUGCAGUUUAUUCUGUUCAGUCAGGAUAGUGGGGUCUGAAUUUAAAUACAAGGCUUGUGGAUAUGAUGUCUGAUUUUAAAAUGUCAUUUAACCUUUCCUAAACCGCAGAGCCACAAGUGAUACUGGGAUACCAUCCCCAUUAUCCUUAAUCUGCAUGGCAGAUAAUCAAAAGUGAUGGGAGUUGUCGUUCAAGAACAUCUGGGGACCCAGACUGAGUAAAUACUAAAGAGCACCAACCCUUAAGUGAAAAAAUUACAGUUGUCCCUCUAUCUGCGGCAUCUCCAUCCAUGGAUUCAAUAGGCCUUUGAAGGCCACCACAAGGCUGAUGUGCCCCUCGAUAAAAAUAAGUUUGACACCUCUGUUCUAGAGCAUACAUAAUUUACUACUCUUGAACGAGGUCUAGAACCACAGAAAUUAUUUAAAAGUUCUUGCAUCUCAUCAUCUUCCCAGCCCAUUGGCCAAGAUCCACCUGCUGAGAAUGCAAGAAUUUAGAAUAUCACCAUUUUUGUAUUGAUGCAACUAGAACUGAUCAUAGGUGUGGGCAGUGUAAAGAAUUAAGAUAAAAGUAUGGAUUUCCAAAUUCAAAUAGUGGUAUUUCAUAUGAAUAGAAGCUCACAUCUAGAAUAUUUCAGAACUGACAGGUGGAACUGAGAAGGUAAAUACUUCAGCAAUGGGGCCCUUCAGCAGAGUCAGUAUAAUCCUUCUAGUAUGCAUGGCUGUAACAAAGUACCUAUGCUAAGUCCAAAAUACUACCAGCAGUGCAUGGUUGUGUAGCAUAUGUGAAGGAGUUUUUUUCAGGAGUUCAGUGAUAAGAUGACACCACUGUUAGAAUUUGUAUAUACAAGUCCAAAGGACAUUUUCACAAAUGAUAAAAACAAUGCACGCAGAUUAUUAACGUGGCACUUUGGAACGUUAUUGUUGCAUGGUCUAACAUGGGAAACAGCUUUGAUAACUGCAUACAGAAGUCCCUAACUAUCCAGCUACUAAUUGUAAUAAUCUAACAAAAGCUUCCCCCUACUCUAUGUAAGAACUAGACCAGGUUUCAAAAACAAAUGGCCAUGACAUCACUGAAAACAAAACAGCCUGCUUUAAUAUCUUGACCUUUCCCAAUAAAAACUGAUUGGAAGAUUAUUAGAAAUGUGAAAAUGCUGCAAUAUUAACACCUAUAAUGCAUGUGGCAUGUGAUAUCACUGCGGAAAUAUGCAUGCAUAGAGUUUCAAUACAGAUUUCAACAUCAUUUGUGAAAAUGUUCUUUGUGCGCUCCAGACUAUCAGGUACGGAUAACAAAUAGCUGAGAGGAUACAAUAAAAAUGGCUCUUGGUAGCUGGCCAGAAGCCCCAAUGAAGGACAAUUUAAUUCCACCAAGAAAGGUGUCAUAAGCAAGAAAUAUGCUCUCCUGUGCUGGUAGGUCAAUACAGCAACCAGAGAAAAUGUAUAUAUCUCUCUCUAAUACAAUUAGAAAGACCCAGGAAAACAGGGAUAGGCACAACUCCUGGGGAAAGGGGCAAGAGGGAUGGACAGGUGGUGCAUACAAUCCUUUUUUCUUUCUGUUAGAAUUUAAGAAAGAACAAUAUGUUGUUGUUUUUUAAAAAAGCAGCUGAAGGUAUAUUAUAUUUCUGGCUUGUUGUUUUAGAAGAAUAAUAAAGAAUGUAUUUUCCUAAGCA